AUGAGAAAUACCCACCGGCUCUAUGACGGAUAUCCCUCAGCCGAGAAAGGGUUCACAUCUUGGAGCCAGCUGUUGGCGCUGAUGUGUCUUUCUGAGGACUAUCUCCCUCUCGACACAGGCUGUGACAUUAGAUGGCAUGGAGUUCAAGUACCCAGGUUCUUUGCGGUACAAUACGCGUCCGAGCAGACUGGUGUGGACUACUCUUACCUGGCUGUUAGGUUCCACAAGGGCGGGAAGGACUCGCAAGAUGAUGCCUCCAAGGCCGGCGCCAGGGCCAAGCAGGCCACUAUUCGGCGCGACCAUCGUUCACGACGCCGUGCAGGGGAGGCUGUGUCACUAACUCCCACAAUCUCUCAACUCGGUGUCUUUGAAGGUUCUGAUGGUCCUGGAGAAGCUGGGAGUCAAGAUCGACUACAGCCAAAUGAGCUCCUAGAUGGGGAUGGAAUGACCAAGGAAGCGGAUGACAGGGGACAGUUCUCUGAAUCUGAUGUUGACGUCGAGGACUAUUUCAACUUGCUGCUUUCACCUGCUCGACCACGGAAGUACCUCGAACACCUAGGGGUAGAGUCUGAUUCCGAUCUAGGGGACGAAGACGGGAACGAUAAUAGCAAUGCCUUGGACGAAAGCCCUCUUCGCCAUUGCUCGCGGCAGCCUUCCACAAAGUCAGGGCCUCGUCGCCGUGCUCGCCGUGGUCCUGCCCCUGGUACAGGAGGGCGGCCAAAAAAAUCUCAAAGGCAAACUCGAUCGUCGGGGCCGCCACGACGGUACCGGAGUCCAGUGAUGAUUCCACCUGAAGAAUCGGCCGUAUUUCACGCACAAGAUCCGGUGUGGAAUGGGGACCUGGACGCUUGCGCCUUGACUUGUCGUGAUAAAGCAAUCCUCCGUGAGUUCUGGACAAAGCUGGACAAUGACCAAAUGCAAUUUUGUGGUCGAUGUCAAGAGCGUUGGUUCCAGAUGAAGAUCGAUUCUGAUGGCAUUUGUGCGCGUUGCUGUCGAAAGGAUGAUAAACGCGGCCCUGAAGAGCCGUACUUCUUCUCUGUGGACAACCAGUUGGAUUUUGGCUCCGUACCGACUCAAUUGCCUCAGCUUACACCUACUGAAGAGUCUUUAAUAGGCCGUGUUCACGUCCACGUGAAUAUUAUGCUUGUGCGGGGCCAGCAGUACAAAUAUCGGGGACAUGUUGUUCACUUUCUCCGCGAGGUUGGCUUGGUGUACAACCAACUCCCGCUUUUGCCGCGGGAGUUGAACACUGUAUUACUCCGUCCUUCCAAUACGUCGUCCCAUGCAAACCUUAGCCGGCAAUUCACCCGCCAGUUCCGUGUACGCCGCCAGCCAGUUGCCAUAUGGCUUAACUACCUCCGGCGCCAUCAUCCUGGCUAUCGAUGCAUCGUCAUCGACGAAGAGCGGCUGAGUCAAUUGCCUCAAGAUGGCAAUGUCCUGGACGACAUCCCCCAGAGCCAGGUGGAGGCUGCCGAGGUUGGACCCGAGGAAGAUGAGGAGGCAGAACCGGACCUGGAGGACGAGGCUGCGGUGCCGGACCUUUUGGCCAAGGACACGGAGCUCGAUGCUCUGCGGUCUAUUCUUGCCGGAGAACCAGAAGCUGAACCAAGGCUUUCCACAAGCUUCCAGGAGCAGGUGCAGCACGAGCUGCAGCUUCCGAAUAUACGGCGCACACCCAUUAAUGAGUUCAAUCGCUCUCAUGCCCUACUCUCCUUAGCUUUUCCCUGCCUCUUUCCUGACGGGAGAGCCGACUUUGUUGAGCCUCGGCUACGGUCAAUUGACUACAAGGACUACAUCGAGCACGCGAUGCGCUGGCAUGACGGGCGUUUUGCACGCCACCCGACCUUCCGCUUCGUCGCCUUCAAUACUCUGAUGCGGUCACAGGCCCGUGCACGGUCCAAAUUCUUCGUGAAGCAACACGAUGGUAGUCAUGAACCGCUCACACGGGAGCAGCUUGUUCAGGCACUGGAGCACAGCGAGGACCCUGAGGCGCAGGUGCUAAUCAACUCAAUCACAAGACAUGCGGUACCUAUUCGCGGCACGCGCCCCUUCUGGAACAGGAAGAGGCAGGACCUCGAGGCCUAUGCCUACAAUCUUGGAUGUCCUGGUGCAUUCAUCACAUUCAGCCCGGCAGAUUUACACUGGCGGAUUCUCUACCAGCACAUGCCCCGAUAUGAUGAAUGGCUGGCUGCGUCCGAGUCCGAGAGGAUGGGUCUCUCGCGCCAACCUUUGCGUCAGAAUCCUCAUAUUGCUGCUUUCCAUUUCUACCGCCGAUACUGCUUCUUUCGAGAUAUCGUGUUAAGCAAGAAGUUCAACAUUACGGAUUACUGGGAUCGGUAUGAAUGGCAAGGGCGUGGCAGUCCGCACAACCAUGGCCUGUACUGGAUGGAGAAUUGCCCUAGAGUCGACAUGGUGGAUGAAGCCGCUCGUGAUGUUUUUGCACGCACGUGGGGAUUCCACAUCACUGCCAUUAAUCCUAAGCCGAGUAGGACUAUGCCCCAGGGUGAGGGCAACCCCCUGAGCGUAGAUCCACUGAGCACUGAAAUGACAUUCCUGCGGCUCUCACAAAUCGUCAACCGCUGCCAGCGUCACAAGUGUAACACCACGUACUGCUUACGUGUAAGGAAGAUAACCGGUGAUCUGGCGAGGGAUAUGGAAGGCGCUGCUGCAGAUAUUGAGGCGGCCAAUGCGGCCAAUCCAGAGUGGAAGUGUCGUUUUGACUUUCCCCGUGCCUUGCGGGAGCUGGCCGCAGUGAUCGGGAAGGAAGGCAAGUCGUACUAUGUCUUCGAGGCGGCGCGGAAUGACAAUCUCAUGAAUCACUUCAAUCCCGCCAUUAUACUAGGCUGGCUAGCCAAUAUCGACAUAUCUCCUUUCACCAGCUUACAGGCGGUUAUUACGUACGCUGCCAAGUAUUGCAGCAAAUCUGAGAAGAAGACUGAGCCUUACUGUAAGCUUGCAGACCAGAUUUUGCCGCACACAGCACACCUUCAGCCGCUAUUGUCCUUCUCCUCUCGCCUGAUGAAUAAGCUGAUUGCCGAGAGAGAUUACUCGGCGCAGGAGAUUUCCCAUCUUCUCCUUAACAUUCCUCUGCAGGAAGGCACGCGGAUGGUGGUCUCUGUCGACUGCCGUCCUUUGGAGCAACAUGCACGUUCGUAUCGCGUGGAUGAAGAUGUCAAUGAGACCGUCGGCAGCUACAGGAGCAAAUCUGAGAAGAAGACUGAGCCUUACUGUAAGCUUGCAGACCAGAUUUUGCCGCACACAGCACACCUUCAGCCGCUAUUGUCCUUCUCCUCUCGCCUGAUGAAUAAGCUGAUUGCCGAGAGAGAUUACUCGGCGCAGGAGAUUUCCCAUCUUCUCCUUAACAUUCCUCUGCAGGAAGGCACGCGGAUGGUGGUCUCUGUCGACUGCCGUCCUUUGGAGCAACAUGCACGUUCGUAUCGCGUGGAUGAAGAUGUCAAUGAGACCGUCGGCAGCUACAGGAGGUAUCUUCUCGAGAGAAAUGACCAGCACGAGGAUGCAACCUACCUCGAGGAACUGCAAUCGUAUAAUCUCAAGACGUGGAGGAGACUCGCUGCCAACGCGAAGAAGAGAGUCCUGUCUUACUUUCCUCGAUACAGGUCCGUGGAGGCAUCUCCCCAGUUUGGUGACUUCUGCCGUGUUAAAUUGAUGAUGGCUCAUCCGCAUCGCUCUCCAGAGGAGUUGCUCACCGUGGGCGGGCAGCGGUUCGAUUCCUUCGCGGCUGCGUACAGGUUUUGCAGAGAGCAGCACGGUGACACCCAUGCGGACGAUCAUUAUGGGGAGCCAGAUACAAAUGAAUUGAGGGCUGAGGAUGACGAAUUUGAGCUUGAGGUCCAUGAAGAGCCCAUUGUGGAUGAAGACUGGCAUGAACUCGCCCGCAUGCUUCCCGACCGCCCGCUGGAAGAAGAGGAUAUCGACAUCCUCGGCCGCCGAGACAUCGACAUCAAUUAUGAUUGGACCCCUCACGUUGGACGGUAUACUGAUGACGGUAUUCUCAAGGGCGACUACUGGAAGCAACGCAAGGCGGCAAACCGCCUUGACCUUGAUGUGGAUCAUCAGCCCUUGGAAGCUCGAGAUUCCCUAAAUCGGGAUCAGCGCUUAGUAUACGAUACCGUGAUGGACCGCUUCCUGAAUCAGGAACCCUCUCAGUUGCUGCUCCAUGUGGAUGGUGGAGGUGGUACCGGGAAGUCAUACCUCAUUAAUUUGCUCUCCGCGCACCUCCAAGCCGCUGCUGCCGGGAGAGGGACACCUGUUUGGCGUGCCGCGCCCACUGGCGUCGCGGGAAAUCAGAUAUCGGGGACUACUUUGCACUCCCUGUUACACCUUCCAAUCAACAAGGACUUCAAGCCCCUCUCGCCCACUGACAUGGCCCAUCUCCAGAAGAAGCUGAAGGACAUCAACUACCUGAUCAUCGAUGAGAAGAGCAUGCUGGGACUGCGACAGCUAUCCUGGAUCGAUGACCGUCUCCGCGAGGCAUUCCCGAAUAGUAAUGAGGAGUUCUUCGGUAGCUGA